AUGACAACUACUUUCCAGAGCAUUCCAGUUAUCGAUUUUGGCAGACUCCAAAAUGAGGCGACAAAGGCUCAAGGUCUGGAAGAGCUUCGUGAUGCCAUUUUCAACGUUGGCUUCCUGUAUUUAGUCAAUACAGGGCUCGAGCCGAUGAUUGAAGACGCACAUAAGUUCACGCGCGAUAUAUUCGAACUCCCAGUGCUGGAUAAAGCGAGUUGCCACAUGAGCAACUCACCUUCGUUCUUAGGUUAUAGUGGCUUACGCGAAGAGACCACUGACAAAAAGCUCGACAUCAGAGAGCAAUUUGAUUUUGGAACUGAGGUUGCCAGUCAAGAUCCCGGCGGCGAACUUUGGAGGAAACUGGAGGGCACGGGACAGUACCCCAGCACCGAGGUCAAGGCCUUUGUGACAAGCUAUAUUGCGGCGAUGACAAGAUUAUCAACCAAGUUCUUACAUCUCGUGGCUGAAUGCCUCUCGUUGCCGCCUACCACGUUCGAUCACUUUAUUGGGAAUACGUCGAGGCUGAAAUUCGUGAAAUAUCCUCCUUCCCAAUCAAGUGGCCAAGGCGUCGGUGCCCAUAAAGACUCCCUUAGCCUUUUCACUUUCUUAUCUCAAGACCAGGUGGGAGGUCUCCAAGUUCUCAAUAAGUCUGGUGAAUGGAUUGAUGCUACUCCUAUUGCAGGAAGUUUAGUAGUCAAUAUCGCGCAAGGGUUUGAGGCUGCGACAGGCGGCUUAUGCUCAGCCACAACUCAUAGAGUGGAGUCUCCUACCAACAUCACACGGUACAGUAUACCAUUCUUCCAAGCUAUAAAUCUCGACCUCAGCUUCGAUGAGAUAAAGUUAUCGGCUACAAAGAUACGAGACGAGAUCCCAGUCUCUGAUAACGGGAAGAAGCGCGCAGUUGACGUCCCCAGCGAUAUUAUAUCUCCAUAUUUCUCUACGAUUGGGGAAGCACAGCUUGUCAAUAGGAUCAAAAGUCACCCAGAAGUUGGGAAAAAGUGGUAUCCUAAGCUCUUUAAAGAACUUGGUCUAGCGGCUAUUUCCUAA